CUUCUACGUGAGCAAACCCAGGCGCCUCAAAGAAUUUAAUCCACAAAGCCUAAGACUCAGCAAGCAACAACCUCGAAUCUUAAAAACAUCACUAGAGUUAUCGAACGACCCAUCGUAUUUAUCCUUCGCACCUCUUAUCCGCAACACUUAUCUAUCUGCACGAACGCCAAACCAACAAUGGCCGCUCCCACAGAAGCCCAGGUUGCCCAUCAAGAGCUGAUCGACAAGCUUGAUAUCCAUUCCAUCCACAAGAGCUUCCGCAACCCUCACUGGCGACCAAACCAGCGGCGCAAUAAGAACAUCAAGACCAUCAUAAGCGAUGCCUCGCGCAAGGAAGCUUCUGUAAUCGUCACGCCCCAAGACAACAGCGGCACCGCCACUCCCGCACAAGGAGAUGGUGACGGCCUCUCUACCAGCGGUUCUUCGACGCCCGCUCAGCAGACGGCCAGUGGUAACAACUCGAACCUGCAGCCGAACCUCGCCCAAGCCUCGCGUAGUUUAUCGAAACUUGUAUUAGAGAAGAGCCUGCGGCCCAAUGGCGCUGGUGGUGCACCCGUCUCGGCGGCGCCCAGCGCGACUUACACAAACAUCGAGUCAGCCCCUUCGCUCGCGCACACGAAACGGUACUGCGAUAUCACCGGUCUUCCUGCCCCUUACCUCGACCCGAAGAGCCGGUUACGGUAUCACAGCAAGGAGGUGUUCGGCUUCAUUCGCACUCUACCUCAGAGCGUAGCGGAGCAGUAUUUAGAGGCAAGAGGCGCGCAUACAAUUCUGAAAUGAAGGGGAAUUGUCAAUAUGAGAGGUGCACGGGAAAUUUUACUACGCAGUGCAACAAUAGUGUCAUUUUGGCUUUGCUAUAUCUAUUCCGACCAUCGACGCAUUAAAACGGUCGGCUUCUUAUAUGAAGCUUAAGAAGAGGAGGCUAAGGUAUAGAAAUAUUUAUAUUGUAUGAGAGGUCACUGCGUAAGAAGUGGUAAUUACAAUAUGGAAAUGUCCGGCCAACAAAGUCAAGCCUAUCCUAUGCAUCAGUCACCUCUCGGCGACGGAUGGCAGGUUACGCUCCGGCUUAAUCGUGAUCGGGAAAAUGAGAUUUUGUUCUCCGCCUGUGACUGACGGGUACCGAGAUCGAAUGGAGGAGGAUCAAUCUCAGUGACCAUAGCUUGUGAGCUAAGGACGCCGCGGCAGGAUAUCAUAUCUAGGAUACCGUAGUGAUCUGUUAAGCAAGGGCUUUUCAGAUGCUGGUUUGCCAGUGCAUAAUUGGUAAAGGCAUAUAUAUAACCAGUC